GUGAAACCGGCCUCGCGCUUCCUCUCCUCGGCAGACCCGGAGCGCGUCUUCUCCUCGCUGACCCUCAUAGGAGCAGGCGAAUCAGGGGACGUCUAUUCCGCGCGUGGCCCGGGCGGGAUGACCAGCUCGAACACGAACGGCAUAGUGGCGAUCAAGGUUAUUCGACUCGACCCUCCAGAGUCGGAGGACGACGAUGAAGAGGAAGCAUUAUGGACCCUCUGCAACAAACACGAGAACAUUCUCUCCCUCUACGACGUCUUUUUCGCCUCUCCCGAAUCCACCACACCUCAUCCGGGCGUCUGGCUUACCCAAGAGUUGGCAGAUCGCAGUCUAGCGGAUGUGGUGAGUCUCAAGCCUUCCGGGCUCAUCCUACGAGAACGCGUCAUGGCACGUAUAGUAGCCGACGUUUUGCGAGCCCUUUGCGUCUUGCACUCGAAGCGCAUCAUCCAUCGCGACGUGCGAAGCGAUAAUGUUCUCCUCUGUUCGGACGGUCGUGCGAAACUCUCCGACUUCACGCACGCCGUACAGCUCGACCUGGCCGGUGAGGCGAGGAAGAGGAGCAGUGUAGUAGGGACGGCCUACUGGAUGGCUCCGGAGCUGAUCCGCGCCGAGUCGUAUGGCGUCGAGGUGGACGUAUGGUCCUUGGGCGCCACGCUGUACGAGAUGUGUCGUGGUGACCCGCCUAGAGUGGACUUGUCCCCCAGCGAGGCCAUCAAGGCUACUGCGGAGAGUGGGCUGCCCGCGCUUGAUCUGGAGGGCGGGACGACGACGACGACGCGCGAGCUGAGGCAGUUUUUGGCGUGGAGUACCGAGAUGAAGGCAGAGGCAAGACCGUCCGCUGAAAUGCUUCUGCAGACGGCCUUC